ACGAGAAUCAAACACUCUCAGAAAGGAGUCUACAGUAGCCUACAUCAUUGUACUCUUCCAGCCUACCUAUCAAAUCAGAUAAUCACUCUUUGAGCAACAGGUUUGUCUCCAGUCUUCCGUGAAGUAAUGAUUCUAAAGUCCAUCCGGCAAAUUGAUGGGGGAAGGGAAGUAUGCAGGCUUUAACUGGGCGAGGGAAACUUAUGUCAUUCAGAUACUGGCCAUAUGACCCACAUGCAACCUGCAGUGCCCUGGCCUAUAAUUCAGCUACAACGGGAUCAAGAAAAAGGAAGAAAGAUGGUGGAAUAUGUGAAUGAAGCUCUACAAGUGCGUGGUGAAGCGUUAUAAGGCUAUUGUUUUUGCGUAGAAGACCAGGACAGUGUCUUCUUAUCCAGAGAUGGGGGACACGGAGAGCAGCGUGGUCCUUGCUGAGUUUUGGGCUGGGCACGUUGGACUUGGCACAGAUGGACAACAAGAUGAAUAGUUUUGACAUGGAGACACUGUCGACGCUGGACUACCCUUAUCUCCCUUCUCUAGAGUACAGCCACAACAGUCCCCACCACCACAGCCACAACAGUCCCCACCACCACAGCCACAACAGUCCCCACCACCACAGCCACAACAGUCCCCACCACCACAGCCACAACAGUCCCCACCACCACAGCCACAACAGUCCCCACCACCACAGCCACAACAGUCCCCACCACCACAGCCACAACAGUCCCCACCACCACAGCCACAACAGUCCCCACCACCACAGCCACAACAGUCCCCACCACCACAGCCACAACAGUCCCCACCACCACAGCCACAACAGUCCCCACCACCACAGCCACAACAUUCCCCACCACCACAGCCCAGACAGAAGCCACUCAUUUAACCACAGCCCAGACAGAAGCCACUCAUGUAACCACAGCCCAGACAGAAGCCACUCAUUUAACCACAGCCCAGACAGAAGCCACUCAUUUAACCACAGCCCAGACAGAAGCCAAUCAUUUAACCACAGUCCAGACAGAAGCCAAUCAUUUAGCCACAGUCCAGACAGAAGCCAAUCAUUUAGCCACAGUCCAGACAGAAGCCAAUCAUUUAACCACAGCCCAGACAGAAGCCUCUCAUGUAACCACAGCCCAGACAGAAACCACUCAAUCAACCACAGCCCAGACAGAAGCCACUCAUACAACUACACAUACAGCGUGUAUCAACACGCCAGCUCUCCGCUCAAUAUUGACUGUAGAGUGUGUGGGGACACGGCCUCAGGCUUCCACUAUGGUGUCCAUGCCUGUGAGGGCUGCAAGGGGUUCUUUCGCAGAACCGUGCGGUUAAAACUGGUGUAUGACCUCUGUGAGCUGCACUGUCGGAUUCACAAGAAGAGCCGGAAUAAGUGCCAGUACUGUCGCUUUCAGAAAUGUCUGCUUGUGGGCAUGUCACACGAUGCCAUCCGCUUCGGCCGGAUGCCCCAGGUGGAGAGAGAGAAGCUGCAGGCUGAGUUUAUGGAUGUGGACCCCAGGAACCCAGAGUCAGCGGACCUGAGAGCCCUGUCCAGACAGCUGUGCUUGUCCUACCACAGACACUUUCCCCUGACCAAGAGCAAGGCCAAGGCCAUCCUCUCUGGAAAGACCCACGGAAACUCACCGUUUGUCAUCCAUGACAUGAAGUCUCUGACGGCGGGUCAGUACUUUAUAAACUGUAGACAGCUCCCAGUACUGGAGCGCCAGAGGUCCGUCCUGCCCCCUGAGGAGCCUGCUGGGGAGCUGGAGCUCUCCGUCUUCCGCCGCAUCCAGAUCCGCUCCGCCGAGGCCGUACAAGAGGUCACAGAGUUCGCCAAGAGCAUCCCUGGGUUCACAGAGCUGGACAUGAACGACCAGGUGAUCCUGCUGAAGUACGGGGUCAUCGAGGUCAUGACGACCAUGCUGGCGCCGCUCAUGAACAAGGACGGCACACUGUUUGCCUAUGGACAGAUCUUCAUGACCCGAGAGUUCCUCAAGAGCCUGAGGAAGCCCUUCUGUGAGAUGAUGGAGCCCAAGUUUGAGUUUGCGGUAAAGUUCAACGUGCUGGAGCUGGACGAUAGUGAUAUGGCGCUCUUCUUCGCCGUCAUCAUCCUCAGUGGAGACCGCCCAGGCCUGGUGAACGUGAAGCCCAUUGAGGACCUCCAGGAGACAGUGCUGCAGGCCCUGGAGCUGCAGUUGAAGACCAUCCACCCAGACUGCCCCCAGCUGUUCGCCAAGCUACUGCAGAAGAUGACCGACCUGCGGCAGCUGGUGGCCAACCACGUCCGCCUCAUCCACCUGCUCAAGAAGCAGGAGCUGGAGGUGUGUCUGCAUCCCCUACUGCGGGAGAUCAUGAGAGACCUGUACUAAAGUGGAGGGGGACUCAGUUUAACAGCUAUGAGGAAAAGAAGACUGCUCACUGUGAUAUUAUUAUUAUUAUUAUUAUUAUAUAUACAGUAGUACAGUAUUAUCCCAAUUGUGAUUACUGUAACAAUGUGUAGA